AUGCCUCGCAAUGUGGAGAUCAAAGCAAAAGUAGCAGAUCUGGAAGAUUUGAAAGCAAGAGCAAGAAUACUGCCUGGAGUUAAUGGAACUCUUCUUGAGCAGGAGGAUACAUUUUUUAACGUUCCCAGUGGACGCUUAAAGCUGAGACAAGCUACGGGAGAAAAAACAAUGCUGAUACAGUACAACAGGCCAGACCAGCAGGGACCCAAGUUGUCAGACUUCAACACUGCCAUUGUUGAUGAUGUGGAAUCAAUGAAGGUUUUGCUGACGAAGGCUUUGGGCAUUAGAGGUGUGGUUAGGAAGUCUCGUGUACUGAUCCUGCUGGGCCAGACAAGGAUUCAUCUUGACCAUGUGCAUGACCUUGGUCUUUUUAUGGAACUUGAGGUGAUGUUGGAGGAUGCUCAGUCAGUAGAAGAUGGUCGUAAGAUUGCAGAGGAUAUCAUGUCUAAAUUGUCUAUCAAGAAGGAUGACCUAGUGGACUGUGCAUAUAUGGAUAUGAUCUUGAAUGGCAAAUACAAGUUUUGUAUACAAAAUACGGGAAAAAAAAAAAAAAAAUAUCUAUAA